ACUGCGCCACCACAAACAGUGAUUGGGCAGGGUAUCACAAUCUUCGAGGCCGCCGGGAACAAAAACCUCUUUGUUUGCCUCGACUCAAUCGAUUCCGGACAAACAAUGUCAUUCUUCUCGACAGGCAUUACCCUGAGAACAAAGCGACUCGUCGUUUAUUGAGAUGCGUUGCUUCAAUGGCUGCAUACUGUUAGGGAAGCAUUGGAUACAUCAGAUUAGAAGGGAUAAACAUUCAGACUAUACGCAACCCAACAUCUCCGAAGUCGAUGAGAAGUUGGAACAGUUUUCCUAUUCAACUGUGCCGCUUCACGUCCGCGAUGACAGUUUCGUAGCGGGCAUUGAGGGCCAUGAUGCUCUUGCGAGACCCUCCAAACCCUUUCGACUUCUUAGGAUAUUUCCGACAAUCGGAUUGAAUGGCCUCUUAGAAUGCCACAUUCGCACUGCUGAAUUGAAUGAGACUCAGAUCGGAAAAUACGAUGCUCUUUCAUACACGUGGGGACCUACGACGCAACAUGAGGAAAAGAUGGGCAUGAAUGCCGAAAGGCGCCACAUCAUAAUCUGCAACGGAAAACAGUUAUCAGUAACAGAAAACUUAUCAAAUUGUCUGACGCAGCUCAGGGAGAAUGGAUAUUAUCGAGAUCUUUGGGUCGACGCGAUAUGUAUCAAUCAAGACGAUCAGAAUGAGCGUGCCGAGCAAGUUAGUAUAAUGGGGGAUGUCUAUCGCUCAGCUGAGUGUGUGAUUGUAUGGCUGGGUGCUGCCGAUGACUCUACACCAUUGGCAAACGAGUUACUAGGGCGCUUGGACAAAUUGUCGAAUAGGAAUCUAGAGACGAUCAAGCCCCAAGCAUGCGACAACAAGCAUAACACCGAUCUAUUAGGGAGCGCAAACUCACAUGAACAUUGGAACGCACUCGUUUCACUUUUUGAGAGGAGAUGGUUCACUCGGGCUUGGGUGGUCCAAGAACUUGUCUUAGCUCGAGAAACCAAUGUGUUGUGCGGUCGCUAUGAAUUCGACUGGGAAACAUUGGUUUCUAUAUCGGAUCACAUGGCCAAACAGACAUCUGUCAACACGUAUGCAAAACAAUGUUCGUUCAAGAAACCUGCGAAGCUAGCCGCGGUCAAACAAGACAUCCUUGAUGGAACAGGCAAAAUUUUACUUCGCAGCCUGAUUAGAUGUCGUACUUACGAAGCGUCUGAUCCCCGCGACAAAGUGUAUUCGCUACUUAGUCUUGUGAAUCAUCGAAGCAAUGGCGAUCUCAGGCUGAACCCACAUUAUGAUAGCAACAUUGCGGAUAUAUACACCGGCAUUGCUGAGUAUCUUCUUGAAGACUCGGAUGACUUACAUGUCCUUGCUCAUGCUGAAGGCGACAAAUUCAGGUCUGUGGAGGGUUUACCGUCAUGGGCACCCGAUUGGAGCGUGAACAAGGACCUUGGCCUCAGAAUCACCGGAUAUACUAGGUAUAAAGCUGCUGGUCAGCUUCCAAGUUUUCAGGAGAUUCGUGACAAGCACACUCUUGUUUUAAGUGGCUUCAAACUCGACACAAUCAGUCGAAUUGGAGAAACGAAAGAAUAUGUCAAUGAAACCAAAGAUUGCAGUGACUGGCUGGACAUGCGGGACGAGCUCGAGCGAGAGUACCCACAUAGAGAUCACAAGGACGCAUUCUGGAGGACUCUCUUAUUAGAUACUGGUCCGCAUGGAGUGGUGCCGAUUAAGAAACCCUGGGAAAGUGCCUUCGAAGUUUGGAUGAAACGCUGCUCUCACGAGCCAUCGGACAAGGAGAAAGAAAGGGCCAACGAGUAUGAGACAUCGUUCACCCAUUCUCUAAACCUUUGCCUUUUAAGGACGACCGGCGGGCACCUGGGCUGUGGCACUCCGUCUUCUAAAAAGGGAGACUCGGUUUGGAUCGUCCAGGGCUCAAGGGUGCCUCUGAUUCUCAGACCCACAUCUUCUGGGAUAGGAGAACAGACGACCUACAAUCUUGUCGGUGGGACAUAUCUCCAUGGGUUUAUGCAAGGCGAGGCGCUGGAAGGUAGGGAGUUUGGGGAAAUUUCUUUAGUUUAGAUAUCUAUAUUUCCUUUUGUGAUUUCAGGACGUCACGACUUUACGGGCAUACGGAUGUACGGAUAUAGGAGUCGGGGAAAUUUGGAUCUAGAGGACGAUUGCUUCGAUGCCUAGGAUGAGGAUUGGGACUCGGGGUUUAUUAUACCAACAGUAGUGUGUUUUUCCUAUGUCAUCUAUAUAGAGAUCCUUAUGAUCUUGAGAAAUUUACGAUCGUUUCCUUUUUUGCUGGCGCCGUGUGGACGAGGAAA